AAAAUAUUAGUCAUUUCGAUAAACUUUUGCUAGAAAAAUGGGUCAAAUAUUGUUUUUGCAACAAAAUACUGCAAAAUACAAAGAUUAAAAGAAAAAAAUUAAAUUUCACAUUUAGAGUAAUCAGCAGCAAACAUGGAAGUAUCUCCUAGUAUUCAGCAGACUACUUAUGAUCAGUUCCACAAGCUCAUUAAGGAACACUCGACAAACAAACAGGAAAUUGCUAAUUCUAUUAUCCAAAUCUUAGAAAAUUUAAGUCUCAAUACUUAUUCUGAAUUUCUUCAAAUUACCGAGAUCAACGAUCUCAAGACAGGAGAGUAUGAAAAAUAUUAUAAUACAUUAAAUUUAUUCGCUUUCGGAACUUACCGUCAAUAUCUGGAAAAUAAGGAUAAGCUAAUAGACCUUACUCCAAUUAUGGACAAGAAGUUAAAACAUCUUACGAUUCUAACGUUAGCAACACAGAAAAAGACAUUACCUUAUGAUGAUUUAAUGAGUGAACUGGACAUAAAAAAUGUUCGUCAUCUUGAAGAUUUGAUUAUUGAAGCUAUUUAUGCAGAGCUCAUCAAUGGAAAGUUGGAUCAGAAGAAUCGUCAAUUGGAAGUUGAUUAUGCUGUAGCUCGUGAUAUACAGACAGAAAAUAUCCAGGAAAUAGCCAAUAUUUUAAGUGAUUGGCUGAAAUCUUGUGAAAGUUGCUUAAGUUGUUUGCAGGAACAGAUUGAAUCGGCUAAUUCUGAAAAAGGGAAACGCGUUAAGCACAAAGAACGCUUGGAGGAGCAGCUUGCUGAAGUCAAGAAGAACAUCAAGAAACAGUCACAACAACAGAAUUAUGAUGAUCAAGAUGAUGUUAAACUGUAUCACGAAGGGAUAGAAAAAAAUUUAAAUAAGGAACGACGAGGAAAGAAGCCUUCUACAUCAAAAAACUGGUUUAAGAAUUUCUAGAUUAAUCGCCAUCAAGUCCUUGUUUACUAUUCUAUUCCUUUCAUGCUCACAUCCAGUUCAGUGCUCUUUCAAAAACUAUGUAAUUCACUCAUGAAGAAGUAAAUAAACUAGAUCAUCAG